CCUUAUUUAUUUUUGUCGUGGGUUCCAAGUAGGUAUGUAAAACUAAAAAAUAUGAACAGGGUAUGAAUGCAUGACUUCCGGGUUGGGGGAAUACGUGCGCUGUGGAAGUCUCCACAUACACGACUAGUGUGCAAGUAGUGAGAGGGUGUCAAAAACAACCCCGAGUCUCCAUGACUACAACAGCCGAGGCGUCAAUAAUACCACUUCACACACUUAUGUAACAUACACUACUAUCAUAUCCUAUUAUGAUGGACAACGCUACCGCCCAAGCACGGUCCAUUCUCGGACCGACCAAAGAUGCAGAGUUCCUGCAAAGUUUCGUCAGGGUCGGUGUUGAUGAUGAAGAAGAAGAAGCGCCAGUCGUAAAAGAUUCAAUCAGCAAGCGCGCUCCAACGUCCGCAGACAAGAGCGCCAACGGCGACGAUGAAGAGAUUAAAUUGUCAGCUUUGGAAAGGAAGAGUUCUCUUAAGCCGAAGAAGAAGAAAGAUCGUAAGCCGAAACGCGAGAGACGUCGCCGUGAAGAAGAGUUAUAUACCGACAAGGACCGUGCAGCGGCCGUGGUGAUGGGGUCUAAGGAUAUCAAGCUGUCGUUGAAUCAGAAGGACAAAGCAGAGCGUAGCAGUGCCUUGUCUCUUCCCGAAGAAGCUGAUGCUGGCACGUUGCUGGCGAUGUCGAGAGCUGAAAUGAUGAGAGAACGGUAUCGCACCGCUGUAUCUUUUGUAGAUAAGGCAAUAGAAUUGGCCCCAGAAGAGAAAGCAGCAUACGUGGCCCGCAGCAAAUGUUAUCUUCUGCUGGGAGAGCCCCGUCUCGCCCUAGAGGACGCUGAAACUGCUCUGAAACUGGACCCAAAGCAUGCGAAGGCCUUGCUUCAGAAGGCCGAAGCUUUGUACUACUGCGGCGAGUUCGAACUAAGCCUGGUCCACUUUCACCGGGGAUUGAAGGCUAGGCCUGACUUGAGCCAUUUCAGACUGGGCGUGCAAAAGGCACAGGAAGCCAUAGAGAACACCAUCGGCUCAGUGAAACCUGAUAUGAAGAAAGUCUCCAAGAAACCACCAAACAAGCGCACCAUCUCCAAAGCCCCGCGGCCUGCCCUUGGCCCGCUGAUGUCCGACAAGAUAUACCUGGAGAACCUCCUGAAAAACCCGGAUCUGGCCAUUGCCGAUAAGAAAAACGAUAAGGUGACAAAGCAAGCUGAAGAAGCCAUCAGGUUCCUGGAGAAUCGAGAGGAAUUCUGGAGACAGCAGCAAACCUCUAAAACGCAAUUUUAGAUUGGAGUUGUGUUUUGGACGCUUCUUACUGCCUGCAGGAUUGUUCUUGUAUUCUAAAUGGAUCAAAUUUUAUGAUAUAGUUAUAGGAUUUAAUGUAGAAAAUACCUAAAUAAGAACAGUUCUUGAUUGAUAUUAUAAUUAGAUACCUUUUAAAACUCACUUGUUACAUUUCUAAUAUAUUAUUUUUCUUUCGGUUUGCAAAACCAAAAUUUUUCCACUACAUAAAAUAUUUAUGGAUUAAGUUCGCCAUUACUUGGUUAAUUAAUUUUAAGUACCUAUCAAGUUAAAAAUAAAACUAGAUAUAUAAAAGACAUAACGUUUUAUUUGUUCCAUCGGCUUCGAAUUCUCACAUCUUGGGCUCAGGCCACAAAAUAAACAUCCUCUCUAACAACGCGAAACAUUUGCGACUCACAUGCCUUAUAUACAAAAUUUACAGUUUAAACGCUUACACUAGACUGGUUCUACCUAGUACACUAAGUUCAAGUCAGAAUUUACAGGAGUUCCAAAAAGUUUUUGACAAAGACACAUGCCGUGUCUCGCGAGGUAUAAAAAUGAACGUAAUAACUAAAUAUCAGUCGGCCAUGACAGUGAAUGAAAAAAAAAUUACAUUCUUGAUUUAGGCCCGAUGCGCGCGUUGUCGAUCAUGUGCAACUACGAACGUCGAACAUGCAUGGCUUAAAAAUAAUAAUCAGUCCGGAAAGAUCGGUAUAUUUUUCAGAUCAGUCUAAGUAGACUGAUCUGCAGAACUAAUAUUGCAGAUAAAAUGUCUUCUUUGUCUUGACUAGCUGAACAAAACAGCCUUAACAUUGUGGAAAAAUAUGGAUUUAGGCAGUAUGAUUACUGUAACGACGACAAGUUUAAAGCUUCGUGGAACACCUGUAUGUAUAUCAAUAUAUUGAAACCUACAGUAAAGUUGCUUUUAACAACUUUAAAUUAAUAUGUCAAUAAUGACUAUAAAGUCUUCAAUAAAAAAAAAUCAUUGAUUUAUGAUUCAAACAGCAGCUACUUAGCAUAAACCACACAUUAGCAACUCGACUAUUACAUAGCUUAAUGAAUUGGACAACAGAAAACAAAGCUAUAUGGUGUAUUUUUUUAAAUAAUAUGUUUUGAAAUACUCAAUAAUGUCUUACUAGGUAUAUUAUGAACGUUAUGGAUUUCUAUGUAGUCUCAUACUUUUCAAAUGUUUUUUUUUUACAUUUCAGACCUAAGGUGCAAUGUAUGUGUCGCCUAUAUUCACUUCCUCCCCACUAAAGGUUGGCCCCCAUGGGGCUCGUAACUGUACAUCACAACUACGUUAUUGAUGCUCCACCAUAUAGCUAACUAGUAAACGUCCGUCCAUCAAGCCGUACCACGAGCAACUGUAUGCCACUUCACUUCAGCGAUACGACGUAUAUAUCACGGUAGCGGGGAGGGGGUGAAAAUAUACACAUACACUACAAAAGAGAUUAGUCAAAUACUGGUUUAUAUAAUGACAAUCAUUAAUCAAAUGACUUAAUAUGAACUUCAUUGUUGAGCUUAAGAUUUUUUUUCAAUAAACUUCAUAUUUUUACAAAUUUAUCUCAUUUUCAUAUUAUAAUCAUAGAUUGUCUUUUUCAAAAUGUAACAUUUGUGUUGAAGGAAAAUAACUCUUUUAAUUGUACUCAAAUCGAGUACUAUAAUUGAUUAUAAUUAAAAAGAAAACAUUUUCUAUGUUACUUUAAAUCAUUGAUAUUUAUGAAAAUGGGACUAAUAUAAUGUCUUAUACAUUAUUGAUUGUAUAGUUUGAAAAGAAUAUAAUGUCGAUUGUGUAGAUUACGAUAAUAUGUUAGAAAUGGUCAACAUUUCGCUGUAGAUCAUUGUCAUGAUAUAGAUCUCACACAAAAAUAAGAUUAAACAGUUUGUACAGUUCUAUUAGUUAAUUAUAAUAAUACUGUGUACUUCAUUGCAGUUCAUAUUCGAGCUAACCUCAUGUCCAUACACAUUGAUGCAGUCUGACCAAUGUAUUUUAUAGGAACCAUAAAUCGAAUUCUGAUCUCGUUGGAAAGCUUCUAAACGAAAAGAACAUAGUAACCAUAGAUUUUAACUGUCCUCUACACCUCUUUACACCUUUCUUUAAAAUAAGGCUGUGGACUUCUCACCAAAUUUCUUCGAAUAAUAUACAUUUUCCUGUAGUAGGUAGUUAAUAUUCUAAUGUCACUGAAAAGUACAAAAAAGCUAGAGUCCGCGCC